UCUUUCUCUACUUUUAUUUUAUUAACUUUUCAAUUUAUCUCUCUCUCUCUCUCCCAACAAUGUCUGGGUUAACUCCACCUACCGAAACAGGAGAGAGCAAAACGGACGGCACUUUCCAAACGUCCACUGAAAGUCAAACCAAGGCAAACCUGCCACCAGAGGAAUGGGAGACCGACCACGUACGUGAUAAGCGCCGUCAGUGGCUUCUGAAAUGCCUAGGCGAUAACAUAAGAGACAGUUAUCUGUUCGAUGACUUUGUCGAAUCGCUGGGUGUGGAGCAGCGGUAUAAACGGUUCAUCAAGGAUUGGCCUGAUCUCUUCCUCGACAUAGCCAGGGGGUCGCCAGUGGCUGAUAGCAAGGGCAUUGUAGCCAAUGCACGUUACGCGAUUAACGAAUUCGACGAUUUUCCCAUUGCUGACAUUUUCAAAAAGCACUCGGGGAAAUUGAUGAGGUUGACUAAGGAAGCUCGUUUGGCCAAGUAUUUUAUCUCCUCUUCGACGCGAUGGACAAUGCAGUUUGUGUCGCAAAUAGAGUUAUUCCGGCAGGCAAAACUCCAAUCCCAGAGUGCAGGCUUAUUGCGAUGGUCCAUCAGAGGGAUGUCAUACAAGGCACUCCGCACAAGCCAGCUAUCGCAUUUUACCACGGUACAUAACACGGGACAUUAAUUCCGUCCAUGUUAUACUUGAGGCCAAGGUGGAUCCAGCUUUCAGUGGACCCCCAGAGGAUACUCGCGGCCAGCUCGCAGAUUACGGCCAUGUGCUUAAUGAUAAGCAGGCAACCCGCACGUUUGCGCCCGUCUUCUACCUCCAUGGACACCUUUGACGCUUCAUGCAUAUUAUCGUGACAAACUGUAUGUCGUUGAGUUUGGUGAUAUAUGCUUUGAUACUGAUUAUUGGAUGUAUAACGGAG